GAAAGGUUUUAUUGUUAACCUUGUAAAGUGAGUGAGAGCUGAGGAAGAGAGUAUUGUCGGGGUGGGAGGAAGAUGGAGAACGAGAAAGAGAAAGAGAAGCAAUGGAUGUCAAAUUCAAAGGUGUGUAAAAGGUGCAAGCAAAACUAUGAUCCCUCUUCCAACACUUCGACCUCUUGCCGUUUUCACACUUCCUUCUUCGUUUGUCGCCGUCACGACGAUCAAAAGAGGUACUAUGAAUUGGGCCCGGAUGAUCCACCUUAUGCUGCCAAGUUCUAUGACUGUUGUGGGGCUGAAGACCCUGAAGCUUCUGGCUGCACAACCAAUUUUCAUGUCUCUUAUGACGAAGACUGAUGUAAUAUCUCAUCUUACUAUUAGUAUUGGACAAUUUACCAUCAUAGUUGUCUCAUUUUUACCCUUGUAUAUGUUUCCAGAUUCUUCAUCUGCACCUUGUUUUGUUAUGCACAAACUGAGUUUGAUGAUCAGGUUUUCUUAAUUUCUAAUUUUCCAUCUGCACGUAUUCCUUGUAAAUGAUUUUCAUAUUAUUUCUAAACAUCACUAGUGGCCA